ACUUGUCAUUUGAGUUUUAAUACGUGUUUGUUUUGAAAUUAAAUUCAAUUAAUUUCAUGGUUAGCUGACGUUGUUUACCAUUAUUACUUUAAAAACAACUAUUAUAUAGCUGCUUUUAAAUCUCCAAAGGCCCUUACUCUAAUUGACCAGGUACAAAUAUUCAAACAGUUAUCACAGUGCGGAUGGAGGCUAAACUUAAGGAAUACCGGGCACUAAGACGCCGUAAAGAACUGAUUGAGAACGCUAAACAGAAGAUCGAGGAAUCUAAAGAAAAAUUAGUGAACUUUUUAGUGCCAAAAAUAAUUCGAGACAUGGGGAAAGUUCAUGACGAUGAAGUCUUAUUGAUGGAGAAUGAGCAGCCACCACCAACAGACAACAUAGUAGAAGAAAUCAACGACGUAGUUUCUGAAGUGAGCGAAGUGGAAUCAUUUGAAGAGCCUGAAGAACCAUGGAGACAUUGUCUGAUUAGAUGGACAGUAUACUUAUGUAUAUGGGCAGUAUUUUGGGCAGUGUUCAUUCACCUACAGUUUGGUGCGGUGUACUUCGUAAUAUCCGUAUUGAUAGGUAUUUAUCUUAACACUCGGACAAGACCGAGAAAGAAAGGAGAAGUGUCUGCGUAUAGUGUGUUUAACCAAAACUGUGUUAGUAUUGAUGGGACUUUAAAAGCGGAACAGUUUGAGAGGGAGAUACGGUAUGGUGCGGGUACUGUUAGAAGUUUUUAAGAAGUGAUAUAUAGUA